AUGCAGGUGCAAUUGUCUCGUUAUCUCACCUUUGCCUGGGCCAUCAUCAACUGCCUGGUCGCCGGAUCCAUCACCUGCUUCUCGGUAUACGCCCCCUUGUUCCAAAAACGUCUGCACUACACGCAGUUGCGCGUCAACACCAUCUCCAUCACAGCCGAAUUGGCCAUGUACCUACCCGUUCCCAUCUUCGGCUUCCUCUGCGAUCGCUACGGUCCCGGCAUCCCCUCCCUCCUGUCAGGCUGUUUUGCUGGCUUCGGCUAUGUCCUGGCAGCCUUCACCUAUCGCAACCCCGACUGGCCGUUCGCCGUCAUGGUCUUCUCCUUCGUCUGGGUCGGCAUGGCUACCAGCUGCAUGUAUCUGAGUGCCGUCACCACCUGCGCAAAGAACUUUGGAAGAGGGAAACACAAGGGUCUUGCCCUGGCUCUGCCGAUCGCCGCUUUUGGUUUGAGCGGCAUGUGGGAGAGCCAGGUUGGCAGUCGCCUGCUGUAUGAGAAGAAGCCCGACGGCACUCCGGGAGACAUCGACGUCUUCCGCUUCUUCAUCUUCCUCGGAUGCACCCUAUUUGCAGCCGGCGCCGUCGGCUUCUUCUUGCUGAGGAUCAUUGACGAGGAUGAGAUGAUUGACCAAGCAAUUGAAGAGUUGGAACAAAGUGGUCUGCUUGAAGACAGCGCCUUUUUCAGAAGGGGCCAGCACCAGCAUCACCACGAAUCUUACGGCGCUGUCGAGGAAGAGGACGACGAGGAGGAGCGUCAACGGAAAGAGGAGGAAGCUCGCAAGAAGACGUGGCUGCUCAACGAGGAGACUAGUCGCUUCCUCUCUGACAGGUCCAUGUGGCUGCUCGCUGGUGGCUUCUUCCUGGUCACCGGUCCUGGUGAAGCCUUUAUCAACAACCUCGGAACCGUCAUUGGUACCCUCUACCCACCGACUAUGCCCGACGAGGAGAUUCCUACAAGCGCUGCUACUCACGUGUCUAUCGUCGCCAUCACCUCUACUAUUGCUCGUAUACUGACAGGUACUCUGUCGGAUUUGUUUGCUCCUACAUCCGCACCUCACCAGCACCGCAGAGGUCCGAAUUCGCUCAUGUCUUCCAUGGCCACGUUGCCUGGUAUGGAUGCUGCAGAACCUCCGAAACGACUGGAGAUUUCUCGCAUUACCUUCUUGCUCAUCUUUUCUCUCAUCAUGUCUAUCGGCCAGGCCGUUCUUGCCUCGGGUGUCAUUCAAGAUCAUGGCGAACGCUUCUGGUGGGUCAGCGCUGCAGUUGGUGCUGGAUACGGUGCUGUUUUCAGUCUGACUCCCAUCAUCACUUCGGUCGUUUGGGGCGUUGAGAAUUUUGGCACAAACUGGGCAUGUGUCGCGACUGUGCCAGCGUUGGGUGCGACGCUCUGGGGCUUGCUUUACAGUGCCGUCUACCAAUACGCGGCCAACGACAAUGUCGAGGCAAGUAGUGAGUUGUGUUUCGGUCGCGCAUGUUACGCCCCGACAUUUUGGGCCAUGGCAGUUAGUGUUUGGGUAGCAUGCCUCUUGUGGCUUUAUGCAUGGCGGGGUCCUGGCGGCUGGUAUAGGCGUGGUAUCGUCGUUUAG